GGUUUCGGGUGCCAGCUAAUUGUAUCUUAUUCGCACUAUUCCUUUUUCUUUACCUCCAUUGAAUUCUGAGAAGCUUACAUAAAUGAUCGCGGCCGGUUCUGAGUGUGGUCAUUUAAGUGGGCACUACUGUACUUAUGCAAACUAUUGUAAACAAAACUACGUGACUUGUAACAGAAGCGAAACAAUUAGAAGUCCAGUAUUGGUUCUCAGAGUUGAUUCGAGCUAGGAUCUGAAUCUCACUGAGAACAGAUCACAAUGUGGUUCCAGAAUACCUUGUUUUUAAUAUUUAUUUUAUCGUGGCAGCCUACCACGCAAUAUGUUUUCCCCACUAAAUUUCAUGGCAGUUUCCAAAAGCAACUGCGCAAUCAAAAUGAAGCGGAUAAUGUGAAGUACAAAUAUCAAAUUCACACAAUCGAUAUGCCAGUGGAUCAUUUUAGCUUUUCAGUGCCAGACAGAUUUAAACUAAGAUAUCUUUUAAAUGGAACUUGGCAAACAGAAAAGAAUGCACCUAUUUUUUUUUAUACUGGAAAUGAAGGAAACAUUGAAACCUUUGCCCAAAAUACAGGAUUUAUGUGGGAGAUAGCUCCAAAAUUUGGAGCAUUAUUAGUUUUUGCUGAGCAUCGUUAUUAUGGAGAAUCUAUGCCAUACGGCAAUCAGUCUUACAAUGGUUCGCAUCAUUUGGGAUACCUAACAUCUCAACAAGCUCUUGCAGAUUACAUUGAUCUUAUUCAGUAUUUGAGGUCCAAAUCAGAAAAUAAGCAGAGUCCUGUUAUAGUUUUUGGUGGUUCAUACGGCGGUAUGCUCAGUGCAUGGAUUCGUAUGAAAUAUCCUCAUAUUGUACAAGGAGCAAUAGCAGCUUCAGCUCCAAUUCUUCAAUUUCCUGGAAUUGUAGAAUGUGAAUCUUUUUCACGGAUAGUUACAUCAGAUUUUAGGAAAGCACAUCCAAAUUGUCCAAAACUUAUUCGCAAAUCAUGGAAUGUUAUUACCAAUAUAACCUCAAAUGACAAAGGAAAAGAGUGGUUGUCGAAUAAUUGGAAAUUAUGUCAACCGUUAAAGAAUGCUACUGAUAUUAAAGAACUAAAAUCUUAUUUACAAGACAUUUAUGGAAACCUUGCUAUGAUGAACUAUCCAUAUAAAGCUGAUUUCUUAGCACCAUUACCUGCCAAUCCUGUUAAUGCUGCAUGUAAAUACUUAACGAACGAAUCAUUAACGGACACAGAGUUGUUGAUUGCAAUACAUAAUGCUACUAAUGUAUUUACUAAUUACACUGGCGAAACAAAAUGUUUAGCUUUAAAUAAUUCUACACCAGAUUUAGAUGCUUCAGGGUGGUAUUAUCAAGCUUGUACAGAAAUGGUGAUGCCAAUGUGUACUGAUGGGAAAAAUGAUAUGUAUGAACCUGAUUCAUGGAACUUUGAUGAAUAUGCAAAAGAAUGUAUGAAAAAAUACUCUGUAAAACCACAACCAAAUUUAGUAUGUGAACAAUAUGGGUGUAAAGAUUUAUCAACUGUGACAAAUAUUGUUUUUAGUAAUGGUUUAUUGGACCCAUGGACUGGUGGUGGAAUAUUACGUAACUUAUCGUCGUCAGCAGUAGCAAUAAUCAUUCCAGAAGGUGCCCACCACCUUGACUUACGGAGCAGUGAUGAAAAUGAUCCGUAUAGUGUUAUUUUAACACGAAAGUAUCAUCGUUAUUUUAUUAAAAAAUGGAUCAAAGAAUAUCAUAAAACAACAUAAAAAUUAAUUAAAUAAACAUUUUCUGUUCUGAUGCUACAAUACAUACUUCUGACAAAAUACGUAUUAUAAAUAUUUCGAAAUAGAAAUAUACUCGGGCCAAUGAGAUGAGUCAGCAAACGUAAACAAGUGUCCCGGAAUGUGACUCGCAAGUGUCCUUUGGCAGCCAAUGACUGCAGCCGUGGAUAUCACACGCACACUUUGCUUUUUUUCACUGAUUCGUCUUGUUGACCCGAGUAUAGAUAGAAAUUAUUUUUGAGACGGGCUAUUUCCUACGUUUCUGUUCCGCGCAAGCGUAGAAAAACUGCUCCAUACUCCACUAUACCUACUCUGCAGAGU